UGGUUGUAAUGUCACGUUAGUCACUAAGUAAAGGGAGAAGGGUGAGCUGUAGAUUUGCAUAUAAGGCUUCAAUAUUUGGUCAUCAACCACAACCCAAAGCUACUGAAAUUCCCAAAGGCAAAAAAUACAAGAUGAUCAUGAAUAGCAUCCUUUUGGUUUUACUACUCAUGGAAAUUCUUAACUGUGAAGCACAAUAUUUCGAUGCCAGCCCGUACGACUAUUUAGAACUAGCCUUAAGGUGGCCAAACUCCUACUGCUUAACACAUGAAGAUGGUUGCAGGGAAAUAGUGCCCCAAUAUUUCACUAUUAGCUACUUUCGUCCCAGGAAAUUGGGAGGGCCUGAUCUACAAUAUUGUCCCACGCCAAUCACUCUGUCAAAUAACAUUAUUGAAACGAACAAAUAUGACCUACUUAGAUUCUGGCCUGAUCUGAGAACUGAUAAUUUUAUAGAGAGCAAGUCAUUAUGGAGGGACCAAUGGAAAAAAUUUGGAUCCUGCUGUUUUAUGAUGCCAGAUGACUAUUUUGUUUAUGCACUCAACAACAGAAAGAGAUACGACCUAAAGAGAAUCUUGACAAGUGCAGGUAAAUGUAUUGUUGCCAAUGGAAAUUCAUAUCCAACGUAUAGGAUACUACAAAUUUUCAAGAAAACUCUAGGUUUGAAUGUGAGCAUAGUUUGUGAGUCAGAUAGAAGUGGCAAUGUUUAUCUUGCAGAGGUGCAUCAAUGUGUUGACAUCUCUGGAACAAUGCCGAUAAGUUGUGACAAUAAAGCAAAAGGAUGUGACGAUGACCCCAUCUUUCCCUAUAUGGGAUUUCAACCAGAUAAAGAUCCCAAAUAAUAACACCAUGCAAUCACAAUCUCCUAAUUGUAUUACCCCUUCAAUAUAUAUAAGAUAAUUUUAUUACUAUAAAA